AUGGAGCUCAGGAACCUGUAUGGAGUUUCUUUCGCGUUCCUCUUGGUUUUAUCCGGAGUUACCGCCGUCCAAAGAUGGGGAGCGCAAUGGGGUCGAGCACCCCUUCUGGAGAGGUUUUCCUGGAGGCAGAUAGACUUCGCCUACCCCGACCAAAACAGUCGACAAAUGGCGAUCGCUUCCGGCGAGUUCAUUCCUGAAAACGCCCUUCCGGUGGGCAUCGAGAUCUGGAGGAACAAGGUGUUCGUCACGGUACCGAGAUGGAGGGACGGUAUUCCGGCAACGCUAAACUACAUUUCAACUGAUGCGAAUUUAAAUGGAUCUCCAAAAUUAACCCCGUACCCUAAUUGGGCAAGAAACAGAGCAGGUUUAUGUGGGAGCGGUCUCACCACUGUUUACCGGAUCCAUGCAGAUGUCUGUGACAGACUUUGGGUUUUGGACACCGGGACAAUUGGAAUCGGCAAUACAACCGUACAAGCAUGUCCUUAUACGCUGAAUGUUUUCGAUUUAACCACGGACAAGAUCCUGAGGCAAUAUACACUCAGGCCAGAUGACAUAAAUCAGAACACUUUCAUUGCCAACAUUGCAGUCGAUCUCGGCACGGGUGGCUGUGACGACGCCUUCGCCUACUUUUCGGACGAACUGGGUUAUGGACUAAUUGUCUAUUCCUGGGCGGAAAACAGAUCCUGGAGAGUCGAGCACAGCUAUUUCAUGCCCGAUCCAUUGGUCGGCGAUUACAAUAUCGGCGGUUUGAACUUCCAGUGGGGAGAGGAGGGCAUCUUCGGGAUGAGUCUGAGUCCUUUGGCUCUGGAUGGUUUCAGGACCCUCUUCUUCCACCCUCUCAGCAGCAACAGGGAGUUCGCCGUAUCUACCAGGAUCCUCAGGAACGAGCAGUUGUCUCAGAACAGCUACCACGAUUUUCAGGUCCUGGAGGAGCGCGGUCCGCUGUCCCACAGCACCGCCGCGGUCAUGGACGAGAACGGGUUGCAGUUCUUCAACCUGGUCGAUCGAAAUGCCGUCGGAUGCUGGAACUCCCGGCUACCUUAUACACCUGUCAAUCAGGCGAUCGUGGCGAAGCACGACGAGGCUUUGAUAUUCCCGGCCGACGUCAAGAUCAGCCGAGGAAUUCUGUGGGUACUCUCGGACCGGAUGCCGGUUUUCCUUCUCUCGACGUUAAAUUACACGGAUGUCAACUUCCGGAUAUUGACUGUACCAGUUCGAGAUGCAAUCGAUGGAACCGUUUGCGAGAACAGACCCUGGAUGUACGAUAACAAUCGUAUCUGGUGGGAUCGCUGA